UUUUUAUUCUUCAUCUACUCGAUUUGUCUCUAAUCUGGAGGAAUAAUUCCAUUCAGAUUGGUGAAAACCAGGGCCGCAGCUUGGUUCGAUAUCCGGAUGCCCCAUACUGCUUCAACAGCCGAUUGCGAGACACCGACCCAGACCUGCAGUUUAGAGUCAAAUACUUCACUCCGCGGGAAACCCGUACAUCCGUUGUUCCGCGACAAGACUUUCUACUAUAACCAUAACUGCAAUCGCGAGACAGUCUUGUCCCAUCACCACCAUCAAAUGGCUCCAAGACGAGCAGCCGCCGAUGCCUCACCGAGCCCGCUUCGCCGACUCCGGCUCCAGGCAGACCAUCCUCUCCGACGCCACCGGAUCUCCCGUCGCAAAGUCCAUACGCUCUCCAUAAGAGAAAUUCGGCGCAUUGAAAUCCUCUCGGAAGGAUAUGUAUCGGCAGCAAAGGAAGAGACUGAUCAUGAGGCCGAGACCGAGACGGAAACUGAGACACGGUGGGAAAGAAGCACUCGUGGAGAUGCGAGGGCGUUGUGGGUGGAGCAGUUGUAUCGUUACGAGGAGUUGUGAUUGAUGGUACCUACGGCACCAAUUCCACGUGAUGGCGGUUUUCUUUUUCUUUAUUGUUAUUUGUUUUCUUAUCUUUAUGAUUUCUUUUUGGACCUGGAAUUGGAAUGCGAACGAGGUACAGUUGGAUGUGGUUGAGUGGUGGGUGAAGAGAAAAGACCUGGCUGCCUGGUAGAUGGUAUCCGAUCGCCUGGAGGUUAAAUUGCUUCUGCUUCUUCAUGAUGUAUAAUGACUAACGAAUAUUAAUGAAUGGUUUCAAUUUUAAAUGUCAAUAAGAAUUGCUCCAUUGUUAAG